GCCAUGCGGAUGUGGCCCGUUUGCUCCUUGAGGCAGGUGCUAGCAAGGAUCGGACCACGAUAGAUGACAAGACUCCUUUGUGCCUCGCAGCUGAGCUUGAGCAUUCCGGGCAGGUGCAGUGCAUACAGCUGAUGCUGGAGUCACGUGCAGACGUGAAUAUUGCCAACCAAGGUGGCAGAAGCCCCCUUUUGCAAGCGCUAUCCAGCACAACUUCAGGUGCUUGGGCGGAGGUGGCUCAAUGCACCAAGGUUGCGGAGCUCUUGUUGAAGGCCCGUGCGAAUGUGGAGAAGACGGAUAAUAUGGGCAAGCCGGCCCUUGUCUACGCAUGCGAGAAGGGUUGCACAGACAUGGUGAAGAUGCUUCUUGAGGCAGGUGCGGAGGUGAAUCAGUCGUGCACUCACGAGCUCGGUGAUACAUCGAGGGGCUCCAGUGCCCUUCAUCGCGCAGCAGCACGGGGUCGUUUGGAUAUUGCCCGUAUGUUGCUCUCUGCCCGGGCGGAGGUGGACAAAGUCGAUGCAAACGGGUGGACGCCUCUCUUCAAAGCUGUUCGCCAUGCCCACUCAGAAAUGGUGCAGCUGUUGUUGGAUGCAGGGGCAGACAGGCUCAAGAAGGAUUCCAGCGGGGAAAGCCCAGCUUCCAUCGCCACAGUUUUCGGAGAUGAGGACAUCGUGCGCCUCUUGAAAAAGAAGAAGGAGCCCACUCAGCCCAGCAAGAGGCCACGACUGGCUCGCCCAGCAGCACAUCCCGGGCACUGA